AAGUCAUGCACAUGUGGGUCACUGUCAGAGCUGAGAAGGUGCGAGGCGUUUUUGCGCUCCUUUCAAAACUUGUGUCUGAAUAGACGCAUUUAGUGUCGAGUCGCUCUUUGCUGGUUUUGGAGUUGUUUUUUUAAAUUACUGAAACAGGGAUUAUUCCGCAGAUCUUUAAAAGGAAAUAUAUUCGAAGAUGGAUUUACGAAUCUUAUUAUCUAUGCUGACAAUGAUGUUUGCUGGAUUUUUGCUUAGAGUCACCGCUGCUCCUGUGAGUGAGGACAGCCCAGCUCCUACAGUCUCCCCGGAGCGACACGCGAGGACCAAGAGAUGCUCCUGCGCAACCUUCCUCGACAAGGAGUGCGUGUACUUCUGUCACCUGGAUAUCAUCUGGGUCAACACACCGGAGCGUGUAGUUUCGUACGGACUGGGCAACGCCGCUAGAAGGAAGCGCGCGCUCAGGGAACCUGUGGUACCCAAACGGGCCUCGCGCUGUUCUUGCGUCAGUGAGGAGGACCGAACCUGCAAGCGCUUCUGCCAGUUGGGAAAUCACCUCAGAUAUGCGGCAGCGCGAGACAAGGUGAUCCUCUCCGCCGAGGGCGACGCUUGUGCUGAGCGGCAACACAAACACAAACAUGCAACCAGCAAGGCCAGGAUUAGAAGGAUGAGAGACAGGAUCCAGAGACGACCAUGUCCCGCUGGGCUGAUGGCCACACUGAAAACUUGCCUUCUGCUGGAAAACUGGAGUGAGAGACAGCACCACAAGGUGAAAGACUGGAGUGAGAGUCAGCACCACAAGGUGAAAGACUGGAAGGACGAGGUUGUAGUCUGAGGUUGUAGAGGAAGACAGACAGAGAACCUUAACCACAACCCUCUGUGAGAAAGCGAGAUAUUCCCUCCUCACUCCCUCCAUCACAGAGGCCUGUGCUGCGCUCUCAGGAUGGAGACCUGGAGACCUGGCGAAGGUUCGCUCCAUCUCUGCAGGGGUUCUGAGGAUCCUCGGGGGUUUCUAAACCCUGGUCUAGCCUCACUGAACUAGCUGCUCUGGUCACAGCUAGAGAGACCAGGUCUACUGAGGAGUCCUCAUCUGAACACUAACCUGAACACACCGGGACUACAACACUAACUGUACAAGACAGCUGGAAGUGAACAUUAUCUUCUGACUUGAGCUGUUGAAAUACUGUUUGGAUCUCUCUGCCAGUCACUGGAUUUGAGUUCUGGCUUCAGCUGUGCUUUGCCAUGUUCCUGCAUUUCCAGGACUCAGUAUCUUGAUUUUCUCAAGAAACGUUCAUGUGUGCAACUUUGUCACUGUCACAAUUUAGAAGUUUGGACAAAACCUCAACUCUUGUCAAAUGACCCUGUGACCUACACAUGCUAGCUAACAUUCUGAAAUCAUGUCAGUCUUGUUGGAAUAUUUCCAUACAGACAUAUAUACUGUAAAAUUAGACCAUGAACAAAUUGUAAUGUCUUUAUAUUUCUGUUGAAAUGAAAUCUAAUGCUGUCUGCAUGUGGUCCUCUACAGGGCUGCUGCUUUGUGGUUUACAUGCUGGUUGGUUCCUCCCUGUGAUCACAUGACAUCUCUAGAGCUGAGUUUGCCUUCAUGAACUGUAUCACAAUGUAUUUAAGGCACAUUAUGUUAUGUUAUUAAGUUUUAUUUAUUCUUGUUAAACUAUGUGUUUAUGAGCCAUAUUGGUCUGUGACAGAAUAAAUUAUGCUCGUUCAUUUCUGUGAAAUGCAUCCCCACCAAGGUGCCAAGAUGUUGGCAGAACUUAGGGAAAUAAAUAU